AAAUCAGAUGUCAGUCUUUACACCAGCAAUACCAAUUAAAUAACCUUUAACUUAUUAAAAUAGGGAGUUCUGCACGUGAAUGCUUUUACUUUGACAUGUUGCUGAUUAUAAUCACUGAUGUGGGCUACAAUUGAAGCAAUAAAAGUAUAGUGCAUUUUAUUGUAAUUUGAGUAUUAUUGAGACUCAAAUCCUCCAUCAACCCGACAUUAAACCAAACUCAAUGUUUCUCAAGUUCAGCGCCAGCUUCCUUUUGAGUAUACUGCCACCUAGCGGCCAUUUCUUAUACAACACGCGCACCAGUCCCCCAGAGUGUGUGUGGGGGUGAGGGGCCGACACUGUGUGUGUGUGAAACUUUUACCAGCAAUAUGUGACACAUCUCAGUGCUGCUGUUUCUCAGGAAACGAGGACUUCCGUCUUUGUGUCGUCGAGAAGAGAGGAGGGAGCUUUCAUUUUCUCUCAAGAGAGAAGAGGAAGUGAUCGAGCCUCUUGUGUCGCGUUCAGCAGCGGAGUGUUUUUUUUAUUCUGAUGGAGUUCUCCGAGCACAUUAAGACCGCCAAUGUGGAGGACGUGGUGCUCCGACAGCCGCUGCACCCGCCGAGCCGAGGCACCCUGUGCAUCACCGGGCACCACCUGCUCUUCUCGGACAGGGAGCAGGGCAGCGGUCGGAAGGUGCUGCUGCUGCUCCUCAGGAACGUCGAUGCCAUCGAGAAAAGUGUGGAAAACCUUUUGGCCCACUCCGGCCCCUUCUGUACUGAAGGCCUCAGUCAAAGGAUGUCUGGAUCCUCAGGCACCAUUACCAUCAAGUGUAAAGAUCUGCGCGUGCUCCAUCUCGACAUCCCGGGCAUGGAGCAGUCCCUCAACAUCGCUCGCUCCAUCGAGACCCUGUCCUGUCUGGACGGUGUGUCCGAGAUGUACCCUUUCUUCUACAGACCUUCUGGUGUCGGGCUGCAGGACCAGUGGGGCCUCUCGUCCCCCGAAAAGCACUACAGCCAAAUGAGGGAGCUUCAUGACCGGUGGAGGCUGAGCACCGUGAACAGGGACUACCGGGUGUGUCCCUCUUACCCUCCAGCCGUCAUCGUCCCCAAGCACGCCGGGGACGACGUGCUGGAAAAGGCGGCCAAAUUCAGACAGGGGGGUCGCUUCCCCGUCCUCUGCUACUACCACAGGAAGAACGGCAUGGUCAUCAUGCGCAGCAGUCAGCCGCUGACGGGCGCCAACGGGAAGCGCUGCAUGGAGGACGAGCACCUCCUCCGGGCUGUGAUUGACGGCUCGGACCGAGGCUUCGUCAUCGACACGCGCUCCGGUCAGCAGGCGCUGCAGGCUCGCAUGACGGGCGGAGGGUUCGAGUCCAAGUCGUGCUACAGCAGCUGGAAGAGACUGCACAGGCAGAUGGAGAGGGGUAAAGCGCUGCAGGAGAGUCUCAUUAAGCUGGUGGAGGCCUGCGGGGACCAGUCCCACAAUAUGGACCGGUGGCUCAGUAAGCUGGAGAAUUCAAAGUGGCUGUCUCACGUCCAAACGGCCCUGUCAACCGCCGGCCUGCUGGCGGAGUGUGUGGAGAGGGACGGCCACUCGGUGCUGGUCCACGGCUCCGAGGGGACCGACUCCACGUUGCUCAUCAGCACUCUGGCUCAGCUCAUCAUGGACCCAUGGGCACGCACACUGGAGGGCUUCCUGGCUCUGCUGGAGAGGGAGUGGGUACAGGCAGGACACCCGUUCCGGCAGCGCUGUGCCCACUCGGCGUACUCCCACGCCCGCCUCCAGCAGGAGUCCCCGGUCUUCCUGCUGCUGCUGGACUGCGUGUGGCAGCUGUGGCGUCAGUUCCCUCUGGCACUGGGCUUCUCUGAGGCGCUGCUCCUGAGGCUGGCGACCGAGGCCUACGCGUCCGACUACGGCACCUUCCUGUGUAGCAGCCAUCAGGAGAGGUGCGCUCUGGGAGUGACGGACAACACUCACUGUUUGUUUCGGGCCCUGUUGAGGCCCAGGGAGAGGGACUGCUACUCCAACCCCCUGUAUGAGCCCACCGAGCUAGCGAUCUGGCCCUCGGUCCACCCUCAGGCCCUACAGCUGUGGAGAGGGUUUUUUCUGAGGUGGACCCCACAGGCUCGUCACCUUGAGGAGGCUCAGGAGGAGAUAAGGAACAUGGUCACUGAGUGGGGGAAGCUGGCGCUCAGCCGAUGCCCUGAAAGUACACAAAGAAGGGAAGACGUUCAGCCGGAGCAUGUGGAGCAUCUCAGGAGGGACACUACCCAAGUGCAAUGACUUUUGACUGUGGACAUGUUAUUGUUUGUUCGUGUUUGACUGUGUUUUAAUGUACAGUACGUUUUGUAUUCUUACAUAAAAAUAUCAUAAGA